UCUUGCAAAAAAAACGGACAAAAAACCGCAGAACCAUCAAUGCGUGCAUUUGACCAGUACUUAAGCUGAGCAUGCAGCGAGAGUCGGCAUUCUUUGUGCGUAACAGACGGCCUAGACAUGAAAGGACUGUAUCUUUGCCUCUUAGUGAUAGUAGCAGUUGAAGCUGUUAGAUCACAAGGUCCUCCAACAAGGACAAAGAAAGGUAGACGUCCGUCACGCCCAAAUGACAACCCCGACUAUGGACUGCCAUCAGGUGCUGACAUUCCCGACGGUCGUCGUAUGAGCGCAGGAAGACCAGCUGCAGCUUCUCCGCCCCCAGCAGCAAGACCCGCGGCAAAGCCCGCAGCAAGGCCAGCGGCAAGACCCGCAGCAAGGCCGGCGGCAAGACCUGCAGCAGCGCCAGCGGCAAGACCCGCGGCAAGACCCGCACCAAGACCUGCAGCGAAACCAGCAAGACCCGCGGUUACAACACGUACACGAGCAGGCCCACCACCACCAAACCGUGGCGGUCGCUUCAACGACAACCCCGACUUCGGACUUCCAUCUGGCCGAGACUGGCCAGACGCAAGAAGAUAUAUCCCAUUUGCAGCCCCUGCACAGCCCCGAUUCCCUGUUGCACCAGCUCCUCCAGCUCCAGUUGCUCCAAUGCAUGACUGUGACUACUAUUGUCAAUUCAAACCAGUCAAGCCAGUCUGCACCAUUUACGGAAACGAAUACGAUAAUGACUGUUACAGGAAAUGCCGAAAUGAGCCACGUGAUUGCGAAAAUGUGUGCCCAUGUGACUCCAAUGGCUCUGCUCCAGACCCAGCACCCGUUGUGCCAUCUAACCCAUGGGCUGGGCCAUGCAAUUACUGUAACAGCGAGGAAUACAGUCCUGUCUGUGUCGACAACGAGGAGAACUUGCCAAACGAAUGCUUUGCAAGAUGCGAGGGCAAGACGGUUACUUGUACGUCAUCAUGUCCAUGCAAUUAAGUGAGGUAGGAAGGGAACAGAAAACCAAGCGGCGGGCAUUACAAGACAAAGCCGUAUGACGUCACAUCACGUGCCAGUAGUAGUGUUUCAUGUUUAUGUGUAAAACCUGUUUUGGGAAACUUUGAAACUCCUAAUUUGUUCGUUUGUUGUUACUUGUUUAAAGAUCAAAGAGAAUAAGAUCACCAAAAAACGUU